GGCUCCGAGCAAGUCAUAAUUAGUUGAAACGUCGUCAUAUGAGCAGUAGAACACACCAGCAGUCUCUAGGAAUGCCAUCGUGGGACGAGCUCUCUAGCAGAGAGCGCAACCUCUGCAAGUGUCUAGGAUUCUUCGUGGUCGUAGCUGUAGGACUGGCCGUCGCCGUUGCCGUCUUGACUGUUGUCUUCACGAAACAGAUCAAAGAACUGGAGGCCUCAAACACCACCACGACUACGCACGACUCAAACAUCACCACUGUUGCAACAACGGAAACUACGGAUGAUGCAAACAGCACCACUAUUGCAACAACGGAAACUACGGAUGAUUCAAACAGUACCACUAUUGCAACAACGGAAACUACGGAUGAUUCAAACAGUACCACUAUUGCAACAACGGAAACUACGGAUGAUUCAAACAGCACUACGAAUGCCACAACAGAGACCACAGAUACGACUCAUGUCGCGCCUACUAACACUACGACAAAGACCACGACCACUUCAACGACAACAACAACAACUCCGGCAAACACAAAAUCAACCAGUACUACGACCACAAAAAGCGCAAGUACUUAUUUAGAGAAUGGCAAAGUGGCACGCUCACAGUCAAAACCGAAACCCGAUUUGGACCUCAAUAAACUCGUGCAGAAUUCGGGCGAGAUGCACUGGAGCAAGGGGCGCGAAGGGAUCCAUAGAAGCCCUAUGAAUAAAGAGAAUUUUGAACGAUUUGAAAGAAUGCAAAUCUCUCAUCCGAAGUGGAAAACUUUAUUCUCAAAAGGACGAAGUGAUGCUGGCGAACAACAUCGUAGAGCCUGAGCCAGACGAGUGGUUUGAGUUGGAUGAGAGCACCAAAACCAUAUGCGAGAAACUGUACGGGUACAGUGUCUGUAACAAGAGUUUGUUGGCUAGACGUAUCAAUUUGCGAAAUAAAACUAAAUACUUCCAUUGUUCUUAUACAUAAUUGGACUUUGAUAAUUUUUUCAUUAACUAAAUGACGAGCAAUAAUAAUUUUUCGCAAUUUGGUUGAAGUAGUACCAAUGCAGAAUGAACUUUUUUUUUGCAUUUUGCUUCUCCAGGCUGUGAAAAACUCCAUUGGGCAUCUACAAAUAAAUUUACAUUUUCUCAAAAUAAACAACCUCGCGCUCAAGAAGUGAUGCAAAUAUUAAUAUAUAUGCCUAAUGAAUGUGUUAAAAUUAUUUAUCUCAGAUCAUGUCCGAAAUGUUCAAUCUAACCUUUUAAUCUUAUAAUAAAUACUCUAUAGCCUCUACGAAUUAGCAAACUUCAUUGAUAACAAAUUUUCCAAAAAUUUUGGCAUAAGAUUUAUCGAUACUUUAUUAUUUAUAUAUCACAAAUGUAAUUGUGCUCAUUUGCCCUGAUUUAUUUCCUGUACAUUUUUUUUUUUGUUUCUUUCUUCACAAUGUUUACACUUUUAUUUUCAUCUAUCCAUUGAAAUAUAAGCGAAGAAUCAAACCCGAUGAUUAUUAAAAUCAUUCAUUUAAAUUGAUCCUUACACUACUCAGGCAACAAUCGAUGAUAUUAAAUUCAAGUUGAUAACAAACGCAAAUGGUUUUGGCGCUUCGUCUCUAGGCAGGCGCGGAAAAACAUGAGGCCACACCGAGCGGCCACUAAUGUAGAUGAACUUUAACUGGCGAAUAGGGUGCGUAGCGAAUAAUUAUAAGCUCAGCAAUGAGAAGUGAGAGCAGGUGCUGGCUAAUCUAUUUACAUAAUUUAUAUUCAACAGGCUGAGUGAGGCACGACCCACUGGUGGGUUGCAGACUAUUUUU